CAGGAGAAGAAGCAUGCAGGACAAGGGUUGUAAAUCCGACUAUAGAACUGAAGUGUGGUCGCAUUAAUUAUGUGAAUUAUAAAAGUCUACAGGACGAGAGUAUAAGCGAGGGGAUACACAAGCGAUUUGCAUAUUCAUGAGUUAUUUGUCGCAGUAAGUGCGUGACCCCCACACCCAGUGAAAGAGUCCUAGGGGUGUGUGUCUGCGGAUAUAUGCAAGUGAAUUGGUACCGUUUUACAUGCACAAAGACUGACAGAAGUGUCCUGCAAUUGCUGUGGCCACACCGCGGCGGCUGAGGACCCCAGCCAAUCAAUCGAGGGGCGGGAUCAGGCCCAGGGGUCCAUGCGAGAGCAGCCCGGCGGACGGGACACGUCUCCCACCGAGGGACCCAGGGUGGUCCGCCCAGGUCAAUGGCCACCCAGUGGGGACUGCAGGGACGCAAUGCCACCCCCCCAGGCAACCUCCCCACCCCACCCACCGCUUCACACGCCACGCCACGCCACCCCACCCCCCCUCCACCUACAGGAGAGCAAGACGCCCCCCCAACACGCAGAUCCCGCAAUGCAGCCAGUCCCCGCCCAGCACGAGGGCGGGAAAGUGUCCCUUGAUUGUUGGAAAGGAGGGCAGAUAGGGGCACCUGACAUGGGAACGAUAAGGGGGGGGGGGGGAACCAAGGAUCAGCCGCGGGCCAUGAGAGGUCAGCCCCAACACCAAGCAGUCAUCCAGCCCGGGGGGCCCAGUCUCAGGAGCACCGCCAUGCAACUCUCACAAUGUUUCGCUCAUCAACUGCUGUUGAUACCCCUGGCCGACCUGUUCGAUGUCUGCUGCUCAGUACACCAGUAGUUUCUUUCCUUUUCAGGACUUUCCAAAUUGCGAUUGGCUGGUAACCAGUUCAGGGUGUACCCCGCCUCCUGCCCGAUGACAGCUGGGAUAGGCUCCAGCACCCCCGUGACCCUAGUGAGGAGAAGCGGCUCAGAAAAUGGAUGGAUGGAUGGACUUUCCAAAUUGUUGUAUCGGCUAUGUCCAAUGUUUGUGCAAUAGUUCUGAUUGAUUUUCCCUCUCUUCUCAGCUGCAAAAUGGUUUGCUUUUCUUCCAUAGACAGCUCUCUGGUCUUCAUGUUUGCGUAACAGCAAAUGCAGUUUUCACAGCUGAAACCCAAAGCCAAAAACAAGCACUAUCCAAUGUUUAAGCAAUCAAACUACAAGGCAACAUUGCAUCAUUCCCAAAGACUCAUGGCUGUAUUAGCUCAAAAGAGUGCUUCUACUAAAUACUGAGCAAAGGGUCUCAAUACUUAUGGAUGUGUGAUAUUUCAGUUUUUCUUUUUCAAUAAAUUUGCAAAUAUUUCAACAA